CACGCCCAAUCAGCUGGUUCCUGAAGUUCAGCGAGGCUCAGGAGAAAACUUUUUCUCGCUUCUGUGCAGUCUGGCUCUGAACCGAUGGUAGCCACCGCUGUGUUUUGUUUUGGGGGAUUAAGUCUUCAACGUCGCUGAGCCACCAGCAACAAGUCGUGUCAGCAUGUCCUUGGCGGAUCAGCAGUGGUGUCCCACAAGCGUCCAGGUAACGGUACUCCAAGCCAGGGGCCUUAGGAUAAAGGGGAAAAGUGGCACCAACGAUGCGUACGCGGUCAUACAAGUGGGCAAGGACAAGUAUCAGACUUCAGUGGUGGAGAAAUGCGUGGCUCCGGUGUGGAAGGAGGAGGCCUCUUUCGACCUCCCGCAGCUGCAGCAGGGUGGCGGAGGAGGCAGCACGCUGCAUGUCCACGUCCUUCACCGGGCUCUGGUGGGUCCGGACAAGCUGCUGGGGCAGGCAGUCAUUAAUCUGCUGCAGCUCAGUGAGGACAAAACCCGCAACAAGACCGAAUGGUUUAAACUGCUGGAUAAGACUGGUAAGCCAGACAAAGACAGAGGAGAGGUGCUUGUGGACAUCCAGUUCAUGAGAAACAACAUGACUGCCAGCAUGUUCGACCUCUCCGCUGCUGGAAAAUCCCGGUCUCGUCUGGGCAAGUUCAAGGACAAAGUUCGUGGCAAGAAAAAGGAAUCAGAUUCUGUGACUAGUGUGGUGCCAUCCUUCACUCAGGUCCUGACGGACAGUGAGGAGGAGGCCAACGGUGAUGGUGAAGCAGCAGCAGCAGGCAAGGAUGGAAAACGCAAGAAGCACAAGAUUAAGUCUUUGUUUUCUCCAAAGUCCAACCUGCAGAAGAGCAUGUCUCAGUCCAUGUCUGUUCUGCCUGGAAAGAACUCCACGCUGAGCAGCAGCCAAUCAUCUGGCCUGAAUGUCGAGUCCUCCGAAGGUAAAAAGAAGUUCAAGUUCAUGAUACAUAAACGCUCAGGCAGCUCAGAUAGCAAAGACUCAUCAUCCGGUCAUGAAAAACAGGCUCCUGUGGAACAGAGUAACUUGUGCAUCAAUGGCAGUCACAUAUACUGUGAAGAGCCGCCACCUCGGACUUCUCGCAUCAGCUCAAACUUCAGUCUGUCCAGUUCAGGCCAUGGAUCAAUGGAAGAUGUCCCUGAAAACUCUCCUCCAUCUGAGUCACAAAAGGCAAUGGGGCAAUAUUCACCUUGGGAGGAAGAGGAGGAGGAGGAGGAGGAGGAGGAGACAUCUGAAGUAGAAAACCGAAAAGAGAGUGUGAAUGAAUCAAGGAGGACUUUAAUGGAGGAGGAGCGGAAAGAAGAGGAGAAGAUUAGGAGGCAACAAAAGAAGCUUGAGAGUUUGGCUGAGGACAGUGAAAGACAAGAGGAAGAGGAGACAAGAAAGGCUGAAGAAGAGGAAGUUAAAAGGGUGCAAGAAGAAAAGAUUAGAAGAGAAGAAGAGAAGAAAAGACGGGAGGAAGAGGAGAGGGUUAGGAUGAAAGAAGAGCAUGAAAGAUUGGCAGAGGAAAAGAGACUACAAGAACUAGAGAGAAGGAAACUUGAGGAGGAAAGGGUUAGAAUUGAGAAAGAGAAGAGGAGACUAGAAGAAGAAGAGAGGGCUAAGAUGGAAGAGAGAAGGAGAGAAGAAGAGCAAAAACUAGCAGAAGAAAAGAGACUUGAGGAAGCGAAAAGAGCUCAGGAAGAGAAGAGAAGGCAAGAAAAAGAGGCAAAAAUGGCAGAGGAAAAGAGAUUACAGGAACUAGAGAGAAGGAAACUUGAGGAGGAAAGGAUUAGAAUUGAGGAAGAGGAGAAGAAGAGAUUAGAAGAAGAGGAGAGGGCUAAGAUGGAAGAGAGGAGAAGGCGAGAAGAAGAGCAAAAACUAGCAGAAGAAAAGAGACUAAAAGAACUAGAGAGAAGGAAACUUGAGGAGGAAAGGAUUAGAAUUGAGGAAGAGAAGAAGAGACUAGAAGAGGAGGAGGGGGUUAAGAUGGAAGAGAAGAGAAGACGAGAAGAGCAAAAACUAGCUGAGGAAAAGAGACUUGAGGAAGAGAAAAGAGCUCAGGAAGAGAAGAGAAGGCAAGAAGAAGAGGCAAAAAUGGCAGAGGAAAAGAGAUUACAGGAACUAAAGAGAAUGAAACUUGAGGAGGAAAGGAUUAGAAUUGAGGAAGAGAAGAAGAGACUAGAAGAAGAGGAGAGGGCUAAAAUGGAAGCGAGGAGAAGGCGAGAAGAAGAGCAAAAACUAGCAGAAGAAAAGAGGAGACUUGAGGAAGAAGAGAGAGUUAGAAAGGAAAAAGAAGAGAGGAGGAAGGAGGAAGAGAGAAGACAAAAAGAGGAGGAGUUUCUGAGAAAACAAAAAGAAGAGCGUGAGAAAAAGAGAAUACAGCUGGAGCAAGAAAGGAGCCAGAGGGAGGAAGAAGAGAGGAUUAGAAAAGAGGAAGAGAAGAAAAUACGAGAGGAGGAGCAGGAACGAGCUAGGAAAGAAAAGGAAGAAUAUGAGAGACUGGAGGAGGAAAAAAUGCGACAGGAGGAACAAAGAAGAAUUGAGGAAGAGGAAAAAGUUAAAAAGGAAAAGGAGGAAAGGGUUAGGAUGGAGGAAGAGAUAGUGAGGAGAAAAGAGGAAAAAGAGAGGGCUAGAAAGGAAAAGGAAGAAAUGGAGAGGUUGGAAGAACAGAGACUACUAAAGGAACAAGAAAUGAGAAGGAUUGAGGAGGAGCAGAAAGUUAGAAGGGAGGAAGAGGAGAGGAUUAGGAGAGAGAAGAAAGAAGUGGAGGCAAAGAAGCUGGAAAAGUCCACGAGAAAUGCAGAAGAGCCAGAAAGGAAGGAAAACAAAACAAAAGAUGAAGGUAGAGCUGCGGGGGAGAAAUCCAAAGUGAGCAGUUCUGCAGAAGUCACUUCCACUAAUCCGUUUGAUGAAAACUUCUCAUGCAACCCCUUUGAGGAGAUUCCCGAUUCCCCCCACGGCAGCGCAGCCAAAGUGGCAACGGUUCAGCAAAGGUGUCAGUCUGCUGUGUCAUCAGUGGGAAGUAAGACGGUUUCCCUGGAUGAAAAGGACCUGAUUAGUACUCAACGAGAAAAGCGACCAGCUCCUCAGCCGCCAGGAAGGAGUCAAGCUGAGAAAGAGACUCACAGGGAGCAGGAUGUGUCGGCACGACAUCUGGCACAAAUUACCAAGCAAAGCAAAGACAAAGAUGUCAAAACUGUCAGUGUUCCCCCUCAGCGCUCGGUGCAAAUGAUCGCUCCACUGAGCAGGUCUCCCACAGAUUCAAAGAACUCCCAGAGCCUGAUGCAAAGUAAUAACGCUAAUGGAACAACAAGUGCAGCCAAGCACAGUAAACGUCCUGCACCGUCCAUACCUCAUCCUGCGGAAGAAAAGCAGUCAUCUGAACAAAAAACAAGCUCUAAUCUAGGUGGUGCAGAGACCAAACAAGUUAAAGUUUAUGGCUUAAAUCCAUUUGAGGAUGAGGAUGAUGAAGAUGAAAGUGAACUCACGGGCCAAGAUGACACAACGGUCUCUGGUGGUGCUGGUUCAGUACGCUGGCCUGCAGCUGGGUCACAAACUGGUGAUAAAGAUGCUGCCUCUCAACCAAAAAUCAAAUCCUUAAAGAUGGCCCAUGCUCCCCCACCUCCUGCAAAGGAUGACAUCACCUCGAGCACUUUAAUGAACCCCAACACCGAAGGAAGCCAUGCUGCGGAGGAUCGAAGUGCAGCUGCACCUGAUAACAGUGCACCGCAAGCAUGCGACCCCCAUUCUGAUGCCACAAGUCCCGUGCACGUCCAGGAGAGUCUGCUCCAAGAGUCCCAGUCCCUUAAACUGCAGAGUAUAGCGGAGGCAGGUGUGAAGAAGGAUGGGGCACCCACACCUUCACGCAGGCUUCAGCCUGUAAGACCCCUUAAUCCUCUCGAGCAGCAGGGUGCCUCAGUUGUUCAAGGGGAAAAUCAAAACAAAUCCACAGGGAUCCUCAGUGGAGUUCAGGACAAAACAAAGGUGAGUGACAGUGGGAUGAAAGGGCCUUACUCCCAGCUGACUCGGGAGGAGCUGAUCUCUCUGGUCUUGAAACAGGAGAAACAGCUCUCGGAGAGAGAUCAUAAGAUAUCGGAGCUGGAGCAGUACAUUGAUAAUUUACUUGUGCGGGUCAUAGAAGAGAAGCCAAGUAUCCUCAUGUCCAUAGGCACUAUGAAGAAAGCUGCUUAGGUACCUUUGCAGGUGUCACUGUAUCCUUGCUGCACUUAAUCUGUCCUGUUAUCAGACUUUAUUCACAUCAGUUCCACAUUAGAAAUCUCACUUUAAAGACAUCUCAAAUAAACACAACUGGAAUAUUUUUGUUGUACAGUGUGGGGGACGCUUCAGAUUUCAAAGAUAUAUCACCUAAUAAAAUUAAAGAUUUGAAAAAAUUCUUAAAAAUCUGAGCUAUUUCAGCUAAAGCAUUCAGUUCGCAAAUAGUCUGUAGUUCUUUAUAUAAUCAAUAAAGUUAGACAUUUGUUUCACGUGAGACUUUGAAGAACAUCUGUUUUAUAUAUUUGGUCGUGGCUUUCAUGUUGAACUGAAUGUUUCUUCUAGAAAUAAUUUUGAUAAAAGUCGAAUCGACCCAGAAAAGCAAACCUGCUGCAAUUCAUGGCCAAAACGUGCAGCUGAUUUCUCUCUGUAGAGCUUCGUGUCCUGGUCGACAUGAUGCUGCUGAUCUCCAUGUGCACUUUAAGUAGCUCACACUAUUGACAUGACACUGAAUAUGGUUUUUACUGCUUUAAUAAAUUUGCAAAAUAAAAUAAAACCUUGAA